AUGCAACUUGCAAAUGUACGGGCGAGUGGGGCGGCUGUUUUUGAAACUGAUAGCGUGACAGGGGGGCGCAGAGUUCAAGGCAUUAGCAGGCGAGCAAAUGUUGAUAACAUAGUGAAUGAAAAUGCUUUACAAAGGAAUGAAAGCCUUACACAGAAUGUUAUGGUUAACCCUAUGGGAAUGAAUGCUAUUAACCCUAUGGAAAUGAAUGCUACCGAGACUAAUGUGCAAACUCGCAUUAACCCUUCAGGGCAAAACACAUUAACUAAGGCAAAUACAUUAACUAACGCUAUUAAUGUGCAAACGCAUAAUGUUAACCAAACACGCAACAUGCUUACAGUUGCUGCAGACGUGCACACACAUCAUGUCAGCACAAGUGUUGGCACUCAGCCAAAUGCAGAUAUCAUUGGUGUGAGUGCAAAUAGGAUGAUAUUAACUGAGGCAAAUGAUUAUGCAGCUAGGCCUAGCUCAGUUACUGCGGCUAUGAGCAGGGAUAAUACUACUAGGGAUUUGCAUGUGAGAAUGGCUGGUAUGAAUGCUGCAAAUGAUUCUAAUAUUGCUAAUAACAUUAAUGCUAUUCAUGCCCCUGUGCAAAUGGUUCCUGUGCAAAUGGUCCCAGCUGAUAAUGUCUCUGUGCAGGGGGGUUUGAGUGGUCAGAAUGUGGCAAAUGCUGGCACUGCCCAGAGAGUGACUGAUGCUGCGAAUGUGGCACAAUCGGGAUUUGGGGCACCUCAGGUCACACCUGGGCUUCCCCUGGUUCAAGGGCAAAGUGCUCGCGAUUUUCUCUCUGUCUUGCAGGAAGUUUUGUCCGUGAAACAGAACGCAUCCGGCAUGUCAUCCACUGUAACAGCUUCCUCUUCCGCUGCAGCGGCCUCAUCAGCAGCAGCACAACAGGCGGUCCCAUUAACAACACAACAAGCACCAGCUCAGCAGGCCCCCUCUAUCGUCACUGAAGGUGUAACCUCGCUGGCUCCACAGACUACUCUAGCAGCAGCAGCAUCCGCAGCGGAGGCAGCCAACACAUCCUCAGCUGGAAACGCUAGUGGACCAUGGCUAUCCUUAAUCCCAUUGGUCCGCUCAUCCCUCGCCCCAGCGACCUGGCGAACCUACGUUAGCCACUGGAAGGAAUGGGACCAAUUCUGCAUCACGCGGAGGGCGGAGUCAUCAGUCAGCUCUCAGGGGAUGCUGGGUGUACGCAAGGCUUCAACAAGGGUAUGGAUCGUGGGCCAUUCCUUCAUUCAUUGGGCGGCGAUCCGUGCUCUCACUAGGGUUGGGGGGCAGAAUUUGGGUUUCCCUGCAUCAAAAGCUUCCAUCCGUUGGCUGGGGUUUAAGGGUUUGUGCUGGCCCCAGCUCCCCAAUGUUCUCACAGAUGCCCAUAGACGGUGGGGUAAACCCCACAUUAUUCUAAUACAUUUAGGGGGUAAUGACAUGGGUGCCAUUCCAUCCCUCGAAUUGACCAAAAUUAUUCAGUCAGACUUAGGCUGGCUUAGGGCAUGGAUGCCGGGGGUAAUUAUAGGCUGGUCUAAUGUAAUAGCGCGCCGCCAAUGGCGAUAUAUGGGAUCCUCAGGCGCAGCCUAUAGGGUGAGGAAGAAGCUGAAUAGGGAUGUGGGCGCGGCCGUCACUGGUAACCAGGGCUUCGUGGUACGGCACGAUGCCAUUACAGCCGACAAGCGGGAGCUCUAUAGACCUGAUGGGGUUCAUUUAUCUGAUGUAGGGCUAGACUUAUUUUUAGGGGAUUUGUCAAAAACUCUCGCUCCCUUCCUGUAAGUCAGGUCGGGUGGGUGGCGGCAAGUGAUACCUGAGAUGCUAUCCCUUGUGGCGGGAGGAUUGCGGCCCAGUAGCGGCGAACGGGGCGAGUGAUGGCCAGGCUGAUGAGGGUGGGGCUCGAUUACUUCAGUUAACUGGAGUGCCCCUCCCUCCGGGUAGGUAGGCCAGAAGAACUCGUAACACCCCUAGUAGCAUUUCCAUUUCUUGUGCAGAGUUUUUCUGCUGUUGCCUUCCAUUAGGCCGCUCUCCUCUGUAGUCCGGGGGGUUAGUCUUAGCCUCUCAUUUGCCGCCAUCUGUUGAAUUCUUAUCUGUCGGUUUAGUUAAUAGUUAAGCCUAAAGUUAUAGGUUAAUAAAUGGGACCAGUGAUGGUUCAUAAAUUUUACCCAAA